AUGUACAGCUUAUUGCUGCUUGGUGAAGCGCAGCAGCAUGUUGUCACAUUAGAGCUGGACUCUGGACAGACGUACCGUGGCACGCUCGUGAGAAGCGAAGAGAAUAUGAACAUGCAGCUGUCGGAUGUCGUGGUGACCGAAAGAACUGGCCAAGUGAGCCACAUGGAUCUGGUGUAUAUACGGGGCUCGCACGUAAAAAUGGCCGUUCUACCCGAUAUUUUGAGGUACUCACCACUGUUUGUCAAAGAAUCGCAGGACAAUCAUAUUGUCAGCAUGAGCUCCGUAUCGAACGCCUGGGGUGUGUUUGCAAAACGCUUUCGCAUCUCCACACGAGGGCGGCACCACUUGCCAUCUGCCGUGGUUGGUGUUGCCCAGGACAUUGAUAAACUUACGAGCAUUGUGAAUGACCCCCAGCAGCCAGCCAGCGACCGUGUUGCUGCGGCGAACGUUAUCCGGUCUUCGCUCGAAAACAAUGCGGUCUCAUCUAUUCAGGAAGUAUGGUACUCUGUGAAACUACUUAUUGUUGGAGACAACCAGACUGAGGUUCGGCGGGCGGGCUGGAAACUAAUGAAAACCUGUAUUGAGCAGGAUGAAAUCAAUGUGGGUGCCUUCAGCACUUAUUAUCAGACCCUUAUCGACAACUCAAACAUUGAAGACUUUGACCUGGUGCUUUCGGUUAUUCAAGAGCUCACCAAUAAUGGAAAACGAGUUAUUCUUGGGCAAGCGGCAAAAUACAGGAUGCCGGCCGUCCUACUUUCUUGGAUUCAAUUGCUAGCUUUACGGUCCCAAGAAAUUCGCAAAAAUCCAAGUCUGGGUGACAUUGCUGCACAAUGGGGCACUUCAACCCCAGAGAAUUUUGAACAGCUGCUUAAAUUCGUGGCAAAUGUUUUGAAGUUCGCUAUGACCCUAUUUGACGAAAAAGACUUGCUCAACAUUUUGCUCUCUAUCUGUGCAGUCAUGCGUACUACGUCCUCACUCAAUGAGAUUGAAUUAUGCUGUAAUCUUAUUGAUACAAUUAUGGCUUUCGGUAUUAUUCCUCUACCUGCUUUAUCGCCUAUCUUGGAGGGCUUGUGUGGCAUCAACGUGGUUGUAGAGUCAUUGGAGGAUCAGACCUGGAAAACUGUACAGAAUUUGAGUCGCAGUCAUUUGUCUAACUCCACAGUAUCGACCCUGUGUCGUAUUUUACAGCGUCCGGCAGAUGUCACGCCGGCAAUGCGACAGGGUGCGGUUCGGAUGUUGACCAAGGUCGCCCUUUGGCUCUCAAAUCAGACCCCGGAAGCGGCAAUACCAGCCUCCCCCACCACUGCAGCACCGUCCUCGUCUGUAACCUCGCUUGCUACCAGUUCGAGAGCUUCCGCAGUUACCACUGCUAAUCAAUUGAUUGAGGAAGGGUCUGGCCUGAAGGAGGUUCCCUUGACUAGAAUCCUAGCAGCAUUUUCAGGGACUUUAGAUGCAAACCUUGCUACUGGCUACGUAGGUGUCGAGAUUGCAUCUUCACUUGAGUCGUUGCUAGCAGCACCUGGGGUUUUAUUUGAUUAUGACCUUUGGCAGUCGGCUACCAACUCGCCCCUGCGUCUGGUGUAUCAGCUAGCGGAUUUCUUGUCAAAGACUGAGAGAUUAGAUCUGAACAAAACGGGUUGGACCCCCGAUGGUAAGGACUCUGAAUUCUCGUCCGAGACGGAGUACGUUGUUGAAGACCUUGCUAAGAGUCUAACCGGUGUAUUCCGCGGAAUCAGUAAGCUCCUAGUUGCCCGCGAUAGCGUGUUACCAUUAGAAGAAGUCUGUCUGGUUUGCAUUGAGCUGGCUAGGUUUCUUGAUGACCCUUCUGCCAUCAGAGUUAUGGAUGUUUGUCAACAAAUUCACCUUUGCGCACCUUACAUGGUAAACUGGCAAGACCGGUUGAGUUUAAUUUUGACUCGUCUUUACCGCCCAGCUACCAACUCUACAGCAGUACGUUUGAGAGUGAUAGCUUUAGUACGCAAUGCAUAUGUGUGGGCUCUGAGCGAUGGUAACUCAACUCGAGACUUGGCGAUCUCAAAGCAAGUUUCCGAGGGAUAUUCUCUCAAGGAAACAGAAGCUAUGCUAACAGUUGCUCUAGAAGACUUUUUGCCCAUCGCUGAUCGUCUUUUUGCUGUAAUAGGCAGCGCAGAUGAGGAACUAACUUUGGAAUUGCUUGCAGUGUUUGAGCGUCUGUCUAAGGCUAGUUUGAAUCUAUUCUUUGAUCGCGUGAUUGAUAUUUUGAUGAGCCAUUUCCCUGAUCAGAGCACGCAAAAGGUCACUUCAGAUGAAGAAUCACGGCAACUGGGAUUGAUCUCCCGGUCAAUCGCCAAGGUGUUUGCUUCUGUUUACACCUAUCGUGCUCGGGAAGCUCGGAAAGCAUACAAUGCUCUAAUUCAAAUCUGUCGUAGAUCCUACUACGAUGCUGAGCCCUUCAAAGAAGCUUUUGCGUUAGUUUCAAGAAUCAGAGCUGGUGACCGAAGUUAUGUUUGGUUGACAGAGCCUGGUGUGGAACCCGACUACGGUCCACUUGCGUCUUUACAAGUUCCUGCACCCUAUAUCGAGCACAAUGAUAAACCGUCUGGGGUGCUUAAGCGCAGUUCUCCAUUUUUAAAUGACGAAUCAUCUUCAACAACGUCAUUAGAAGACUCUGUGACAACGUCGAUUGAUAGUUCCACGCUUUUAGGUGUUAUCUACGAGGUCAUGCAGCGAGGAGGCUGUCCUGAAGCGUAUGCUCAGGUCUUGAUCAACCUUCCAUCUCAGUUGGCCAACAUGGAACUGUUUGCCCAUAUCAGUGGCGAGGUUAUGAAUCUUCGAAAUUUGCUGUUGUCGCAGCUUAAUUCGAGCGGCAAGUUGCCUGCACCACCGGUUAACGCUAAUGUCAGUCGCCAAGACUAUAUCUCGGUGAUUGUCCAUGCCUUGACUAUUUUGAUGGCUUAUGAUCAAAUAUUCCAAAAGUCUGAUUUCGACCGCCUCGUUCAAACUUUUGUUUUGUACAUGAACAAGAGCUGGGAUAUUUCGUCCAAGUGGAUCAUUCAUGGCUUGGUAUUGUGCUGUUACGAGUGUCCCCAGUCUGUGCAGCGAUAUCUUCCUCAGAUGUUGAACAAGUUCCAAACCAAACUGUCAAGUCGUGAAGCCAGUACCCAUAUUCUCGAGUUCAUUUUGACUGCCAGUGCUGUUUCCAACCUAACUGAUAACUUUAAUUUCCAGGAGUACAAACGAGUUUUCGGUAUGUGUUUUACCUACAUUCAGGAUGCAAACUACCAUUUAUUGAACAAUCAGACGGCAACUGAUGUCGACAAUCAGGUGUUGUCUCAGUAUUUGCUCCGGUUGGCUUAUUCCUCUAUCACCACAUUGUUUUUGUCCAUUGAAAUCAGUCAACGGAGAUCAUUUGUGCCUUAUCUUGUUCGUAAUCUCGUUCUUGCCGAUGGCGAUGGUGAGGAAAUGUCAGCAUUGAGUAGGGUCACCUUCGAUAUGGUUCGAAGAUAUACCUACAGUGAUUUGCCACUAUCGUUGUACUCUACAGCGGAGAUUCCUGAUUCUCCCGAAACUCGUGACCGUCGCCGCUGGCUGAUGGGUAAUUCGGUUUACGAAUACAGUACAGAUAUGCACUCUGGCAAGUCCAGAAUGGUGCUACGUCGCCCUGUUGGCACGCUGGUGCUACAAUAUCGCCCCGAGGUUAAACCGGCAAUGGUAUCCGGUACGUCAGGUGGUGAACUGUAUACAGCAAACUUUUGGUUCCUGGCAUUACACUCGCUCAGGAAACAGGGUGAACACAACGCACUUCCUAUCCCCGAUGAACCUCAAUUCGAACGAGCAGUUACUACACUUGACAGAGCACCGGUCCUUGAUCUUCACAAAGCCGGUAUUAUCUACAUUGGACCCAACCAAUAUGAUGAAGAAUCAGUGCUCUCCAACACCGCGGGCUCACCUGCGUACAACCGCUUUUUGCGUAAAGUGGGCCGUCUCAUUCGACUGAAGAACAACCGGGACUUUUAUGUUGGUGGUCUAGACACUGAAAUGGAUCUCGAUGGUAAAUAUGCGUAUGGUCACCAAACGAAGACAUCGCAGCUGAUUUUCCAUGUGACAACGAUGAUGCCCAACCGUGACGAUGACAAGCAGCGCUCGUCCAAAAAGCGGCACAUUGGCAACAAUUUCGUCAAUAUUUACUUUGAUGAAUCUGGUCAUGCCUUUGAUUUCGACAUGGUCAAAUCACAAUUCAACUUUAUCAAUAUUGUUAUCACGCCUACUUAUUGUGAUAAUAAAUGGAGGGUUCGCGCUUUCCGCAAAGAAGGACUGGCUAAUGUUUUGGCAGCCUAUGAGCUUAAGACCAUGAGCGAAGCUUACUUGUCACUAUUCGUCCGCCACCUGGUUGUUAAGGCAUCUCUAUAUGCCGCGGUAUACAAUCAGCAUGGUGAGUACGCUGACAACUGGACCUACCGGCUGCAAUUGAUCGAGAAUCUGAGGCACCGCCUAGAAUCCGCACCCAAAAAGGAGCUGAUCGACGAAGAUUCUGUGUCCACCAAUUCUGGCGGAGAGAAAGCAGAUGAAGCAAAGAGCAAGGAACUUAAAGUCUUGGAAUCACUGGAUAUAUCACGAUUCACUAUUUAA